GAAAUAAAUGAUGAAAGAGGCACAUGACUCCAACAGUUCAACCUUUCAGGCUUCCAGGUCUAUUUAAAAACAAAUCCAUGGAGGGGGAGGAGGAAGGAUAGAACUCAAUAAUUUGAACUUCUUUUUGCAUAUCGGGAGAGUGUAUUUGUGCUACAGCUAACAAGGUUGUUAGAAGAGAGAUGAAUGGUGUUUAUGAAGCAGAAGCAGAUCAUUCAUCUGGCUUUCAUGUUGACGAGGUUAAAGUUGAUCCUGCACAACCUGCCUCUACGACUUGGCAGCGAAAAUUGGACAGUGAGGGAAAUGUUUUAACCUCAUUUGCGCUAACAAUUGAUGAGAUUAUUCAGAAGGGUCCAGCCAUGUUCCGGUUCAUACACUAUGCCAAACAAGAAUCUGCUAAAGGACGGUCAGCCAUAAUGGAUUUUGGCCAUAAGCGCCUUGUUACAUCUUGUCACGGUGUUCCGCUAGGUGGUAUUGGUGCAGGAAGCAUUGGAAGAAGUUACAAGGGGGAGUUUCAACGCUUCCAAAUGUUCCCUAUGAAAUGUGUAGAUAAACCUGUUUUGGCAAACCAAUUCUCUGUUUUCGUAUCUCGUACAAACAGUAAAAAAUAUUCUACUGUAUUAUCCCCAAGGAGCCCAGAAUUGCUUAAAGAUGGUACCAAUUCUGGCAUCGGAUCUUGGGAUUGGAACUUAAGUGGAAAGAAUUCUACAUAUCAUGCUUUGUUUCCAAGGGCAUGGACUGUAUAUAAUGGCGAACCUGAUUCAGAGCUUAAGAUAGUUUCUCGCCAAAUUUCACCAUUUAUUCCUCACAAUUACAAAGAGAGUAGCUUACCUGUUGCAGCAUUCACAUUCACGGUAUUUAAUUCUGGAGACACAGCUGCAGAUACUAGUUUGCUGUUUACAUGGGCUAACUCUGUGGGUGGAGACUCUGGGUUUUCUGGUGGUCAUUCCAAUUCAAAGAUGCCGACGAGAAAUGGAGUGCGUGGAGUACUUCUACAUCACAAGACUGAAAAUGGUCAUCCUCCUGUUACAUUCGCCAUAGCAGCACAAGAAACAGCUGAUAUCAAGGUUUCAGAGUGUCCUUGCUUCGUGAUAUCUGGGAAUUCUAAGGGACUCACAGCGAAGGAUAUGUGGAGUGCAGUUAAAAAGCAUGGAUCGUUUGACCAUCUCGCUCUGGAUGAGACAUCAAUGCAUUCAGAACUAGGAUCUUCUAUUGGAGCUGCAUUAACAGUUUCUUUGACCGUUCCGUCUAAGAGUACCCGUACAGUCACAUUUUCACUAGCAUGGGCAUGCCCUGAAGUAAAAUUUCCAAGUGGGAGUACGUACCACAGGCGAUACACGAAGUACUAUGGAACUCAUGGGAACGCAGCAUCAAAUAUUGCACAUGAUGCUAUUCUCGAACAUGGCCAUUGGGAAUCACAGAUAGAAAAAUGGCAGAGACCCAUUCUUGAAGAUAAGCGGCUUCCUGAAUGGUACCCAGUGACUCUUUUCAAUGAGCUUUACUACCUUAACGCCGGUGGAACAAUUUGGACAGAUGGAUCACUCCCCACACGGAAUUUAGCAACUAAUGGAGAAAGAAAGCUUUCCUCUGAUGGCUCUAGAUCAGAUGCUAAUAGCCCAAUCAUCAAUUCUCAAGACAAUAUUGCAGUUGAUAUCCUUGAAAGGAUGAAAUCCAUAUUUGGGGAACUGCAAUCACCAGUUGCAUCAAAUUCUGCUUUCGGCCCGUCUUUGCUUCAAGAAGGAGAAGAAAAUAUUGGCCAAUUCCUUUAUCUUGAAGGGAUUGAAUAUCACAUGUGGAACACUUACGAUGUCCAUUUCUACUCGUCAUUUGCAUUACUCACUCUCUUUCCCAAACUUGAACUCAGCAUACAAAGAGACUUUGCUGCAGCUGUUAUGAUGCAUGAUCCUGGUAGAAUGAAAAUCAUGGAUCACGGACAGUGGGUACAAAGAAAGGUUGUUGGUGCUGUUCCACAUGAUAUUGGGCUGAAUGAUCCAUGGUUUGAAGUAAAUGGCUACAACAUUUACAAUACAGAUAGAUGGAAAGAUUUGAAUCCUAAAUUUGUUCUCCAAGUCUACAGGGAUGUGAUUGCAACAGGAGAUAAGUCGUUUGCACGAGCUGUUUGGCCUGCAGUGUACAUGGCAAUGGCGUAUAUGGACCAGUUUGAUAAGGAUAGAGAUGGAAUGAUAGAGAAUGAGGGCUUUCCUGAUCAGACUUAUGACUUAUGGUCGGUUAAAGGUGUGAGUGCUUACACUGGAGGGCUGUGGGUUGCCGCAUUGCAAGCUGCUUCAGCCAUGGCACAUGAAGUUGGUGACAAGGCUUCAGAGGAACAUUUCUGGCUCAAAUUUCAGAAGGCAAAAGACGUGUAUGACCAAUUGUGGAACGGUUCUUACUUCAAUUAUGACAACAGUGGAGGUCGCUCAAGUUCUUCCAUUCAAGCCGAGCAGUUGGCUGGACAAUGGUAUGUUCGAUCUUGCCAACUGUUGCCAAUUGUUGACGAGGACAAAGCGAAAAGCGCACUUAAGAAGGUUUAUGAUUUCAAUGUUUUAAAGGUCAGGGAUGGGGAGCGCGGAGCCGUGAAUGGUAUGCGACCAGAUGGGACGGUUGACAUGACAGCGAUCCAGUCAAAAGAAAUAUGGAUUGGAGUAACAUACGCUGUAGCUGCAUCUAUGAUUCACGAAGGCCUUGAUGAAAUGGCAUUUAAGACUGCAAGUGGAGUUUAUGAAGCUUCUUGGUCACAAGAAGGGCUUGGGUGCUCAUUUCAAACUCCGGAAGCAUGGACAACUGAUGACAAGUACAGAUCACUGACUUACAUGCGCCCUUUAGCAAUAUGGGCAAUGCAGGAGGCAUUAUCCCGGCCAAAACUAAUCAAAAAGGCGAAGAACGCUGAAGACCCAGCAAAAAGAGAUCAUCGACUCCUUUCCAAUAGCAGCCACGAUGACGGAUUUGAAAGAGUUGCUAAGCUACUUAAGUUGCCGAAUGAGAAAGAUUCAAGAAGCUAUUUCCAGAUCAUUUUUGAUAGCAUUUGCAAGAGGAAAUAACCACACAACGAUUUCACUUAGCAUACAAGUAGUGACAUAAAAAAGUACAUGCAUCGGGAUCAACAUUGAAAUUCGUAAUCAUUGUAAUGGAUGAACUGAAAAUAAAAUGUAAGCUUCUAAAUCAUUGCUAUUGAUUUCAAAAGAUUCUCUUCA